AUGAAACCAAGCAAGAACCAGCUUAGAAGGGCAAAGAAAAAGGCUCAAAAGGCCGAAGCUGCUACUUUGCCUGUUCAAGAUGAGACACCAAUGGAGCCGUCCGCGCCUCUUCCUACUCUUCAGGAUACGACAACUGACGACAUCGACCUGGUUCCCGAGCCCAGUGACCCAUUAUGGGAGAUGUACAAGGAUGUUGCCGGCAAGUUUGACGAAGUCGCAGCGGAAAGCUCGACUUUGAAGGAUUCCGAAAAACCCGAGGUCUAUUUUGAUGAUGGCGAUGAAAUUCCCGACGAAGAGCAGGAGAAUGAGCCCAAGCUCUCGAAAAAGAAACGAAAGGAAAUGAACAAACUCUCUGUUGCAGAGUUGAAGGCAAUGGUUAGGAAGCCAGAAAUUGUUGAAUGGACAGACACGUCCGCCCCCGAUCCUCGACUUCUCAUUCAUAUUAAAGCCCAUCGCAACGUGGUUCCUGUUCCAUCACACUGGUCGCUCAAACGAGAAUAUCUCUCGUCCAAGAGAGGAGUGGAGAAAGCACCAUUCGCGCUGCCAAAAUUCAUACAAGAAACAGGAAUCUCUGAAAUGCGCGACGCCGCCUUGGACAAGCAGGAGCAGUCUACUUUGAAGCAAAAGCAACGAGAGAGAGUCCAACCGAAAAUGGGGAAACUCGACAUCGAUUACCAGAAGCUCUACGAGGCAUUUUUCCGCUUUCAGACCAAGCCUGAGCUGACUCGCUAUGGCGAGAUUUACUAUGAAGGCAAGGAGUACGAAACCAACCUCAAGCAUCUUCGCCCUGGUGAACUCAGUGACGAACUCAGGGAUGCUUUGAACAUGGCGCCAGGGGCUCCACCUCCUUGGCUUGUGAAUCAGCAACGAUAUGGCCCCCCACCUUCUUACCCUGCAUUGAAACUUCCCGGCCUCAAUGCGCCGCCUCCGCCAGGUGCGACGUGGGGUUAUCACCCAGGAGGCUAUGGGAAGCCACCAGUUGAUGAACAUAACCGCCCACUUUAUGGAGGUGAUAUAUUCGGCGUUCUACAGCCCCAACAACACGCUCAGCAAGGAGAGCCGAUUGAGAAGGACCUCUGGGGAGAGCUGCAGGAAUCAGAGGAGUCGGAGCCAGAGAGUGAAGAAGACGAAGAAAACGAUGACGAGGAAGAGGCUGAUGAGGAUGGGAUGGAAGCAGAUGCUCAUUCCCCCAGUGGCUUGGAAACUCCCGGUGGCAUGGAUUCAACAGUACCGUCCGAGUUUGUCGGAGCCGAAAGUGUCUCUGGAGAGUUUGAUGUCCGCAAACACCACCGUGGAACCGAGACAGAGGAAACUGUGCAUCCUAGAAGUGCGUAUCAGGUGAUUCCUGAGAAACAAAUGAAUGUGCAAGGCUUUUUCGGAGGCGACAGAGCAUACGACCUCGCCGGGACCUCGGGCAAACCUCCUGUUCUUGGGGUAGAUGACUCAAAUCGAAAACGCAAGAAGCCUGGGGAUGUUGAAGUGUCUGUUGACUUGGAUGCGAUUCAGUCCAAUGAUGGCAUCAGCAAAGAAAGCCUCCAAGACAUGUAUGAGACUCAGAGGCAGCAACAAAACCAGCCAAGCUGGGGCUUCAAGGAGGACUUGAGUGACAUGAUCGCCCAGGAGAGCCGCAAAAGGCUGCGAAAGGAAGAGGAAAGACGGACGAAGCAUUGA